CCGGCGCAUGCGUGUCGGGAGGCGCGCCCGCCGCGCCGCGGGCCCCUCAGCUCCCCUCGAAAUGGCGCUGAGGCGGCGGCCAGGACAAGCGCUCCGCACUCCCACCGCCGCGCUGCCCGCUGCGCUGCUGUUCUUGCUUCUCAGGGGCUGCUUGAUAGGGGCUGUGACUCUCAAAUCCAGCAACCCGAACCCAGUGGUACAGGAAUUUGAAAGUGUGGAACUGUCUUGUAUCAUUAUGGAUUCACAGACAAAUGAACCCAGGAUUGAAUGGAAGAAAAUUCAAGAUGACCAAACAACAUAUGUGUUUUUUGACAACAAAAUUCAGGGAGACUUAGCAGGUCGUGCAGAAGUAUUGGGGAAAACAUCCCUGAAGAUUUGGAACGUGACACGGACAGACUCAGCUCGUUACCGCUGUGAGGUCGUUGCUCGAAAUGACCUCAAAGAAAUUGAUGAGAUUGUCAUUGAGUUAACUGUGCAAGUGAAGCCAGUGACUCCUGUCUGCAGAGUACCCAAGGCCGUGCCCGUUGGCAAGGCGGCCACGCUGCACUGCCAGGAGAGCGAGGGCUACCCGCGGCCUCUCUACAGCUGGUACCACAACAACGUGCCGCUGCCCACAGAUUCCAGGGCCAACCCCCGAUUCCGAAAUUCCUCUUUCCUCUUAAACUCGGAAACAGGCACUCUGGUGUUCAGUGCCGUCCACAAGGAGGACUCCGGGCAGUACUACUGCAUCGCUUCCAACGACGCAGGCUCGGCCAGGUGUGAGGAGCAGGGCAUGGAAGUCUAUGACUUGAACAUUGGUGGGAUUAUUGGGGGGGUCCUGGUCGUCCUUGUUGUCCUGGCCCUGAUAACAUCGGGCAUCUGCUGUGCAUACAGACGCGGUUACUUCAUCCACAACAAACAGGAGGGAGAAAGCUACAAGAACACAGGGAAGCCAGAUGGUGUCAACUACAUCCGGACAGAUGAUGAGGGCAACUUCAGACACAAGUCAUCCUUUGUGAUCUGAGAUGUGACAGCGUGGCUGCGAGCACAUGCAAAUACCUCCAUUAGCAACUCUGAUCAAGGGCAACCUAGGAGCAAAGUGCACUUGGAAAGAGCUAGUUCUUCAUGCAAAAGCUUUUUUUUUUCUUUCCCAGCCAAAGUUGACUGCUGCUCCUUUCUUACUUUAUAACAAGCCACAUAAAUAAAUAAUUUUCCUCAAGAUGGGCAUAGUGAUCACAAGAAAGGACACAGAAUUAGUUCAUUGAUUCCCAAUAUGUUUCUGGCAUGAUCCCACAUAGCAUCAGGGUGAUUUUAAAUGUCUUGCUCACAUAGACCCGCCUGUGCUAGGGCCCUGUGGAAACACAAACGUGAUUUACUUGCCAUUGUCAUCUGCGCACUGAUACUGCGUGAGGGUGGCAGGGCAGCUGACCAGCCUCAUCCUGGGGCCCGGUGUGAGACUUACCACACAGGACUCUGGAGCAGCCAAGUUGGAAUCAGAUGGACCCAGAGAAGAGGCUUUUUAUGCAGUUAACUUGUUUUAAAUUGGCCCACAGACAGCACUGCACAACUUUUUAAAAUCUUUUUGAUCAGUGUUGUCGUGGCCAUCUUGGAAAAUUUUUUUGGAUCAGCAUUUUGUAAAAACAACCCAAAUCAGGAAGGUAAAUUGCUUGCUGGAAGAAGAGGUCUUCUUUCCUGCAGGGACCCUGCUUAUCCAUGGAGGCUUUCAGUAGUUACGGGAAUCCUUCAUCUUAGGCUGAAUCUGAAUGGUACUGAAACAACGUUCUGUUUUUCUAUGGGUGGGUCUUGUUUAUUUUAUAAAAACUUACAUUCUAAAUUUUUGCUAAAGAUGUAUUUUGAUUAUUGAAAAUUUCUAUUUAAACUGUAAAUAUGUUGUCAUACAGUGUUAAAUGACAUAUUUUUUUAAAAAAAGUUCAACUCAAGGUGAGUUCCAAGCUAUAGUGUUAAAUUGGAAAAUAUCAAUAAUUAGAAUAUUUUACCCAAGGAAUUGUCUUAAAGAGGCUUACUGGAACAUUCCUUUUUUCCAUAUACGUUUUAGCAUUUUUCACAAGAAAACUUAACGUAUUUAUACAUUUGACUGCUGUUGCUUAAGAAACCUUUAAAAAAUUCUGAUUGAGCAAAAUUAAAAUCGCUUUGCUGCUCUCCGAAAGAAACAUAAGGAGCUCUCAGGUUAGCUUUGAACUGCCGCUUCCUCAGAUUAUGGAAACUACCUAUGCUCAGAGACCAUCUGGAAGCAUCCAGGCCCUAACCACUUCAGCUGUCUCCUGGGCUGAGCCACAGCUCACUGCUCUGCACUGCCACUGGCUGCUGACUUGGAAGUGCUGCCAAAGAGCCCACUUUGAUUUCAAAGCCCUGACUAUGGCUUUAUGUUCUGAUUAGCUUUAAUAUUGUUUUCCACAUACCAUGCAGCACUCAGUUCAUUCCAGGACAGUUUUAAGGUGGACACUUCUGGAAAGUUGGGUGUUUUCCAUGUGGCACCCAAGCCUUUGGGUUCCCUGACAUUAGUAUGACAAGUUUUUUUUUUUUGGUUCUGGAUGGUUCAGGAAACAAAGCAGCUACUGCUAUUUGUGUUUUAAGUCCAUUUUAAUUAUUUGUACAUCUCAUACAACUAUCCAUGGCCAAGGGCCAUUGUGAAACAAAAUCUGUCAACUACAAUAUUUUUUUAAAGAAAAAUGAAUUCCAUUAUUUCUCUUUGCUAUGAAGAAAGCACUCUGACACCACAGGUUCUCUGCCUCCCUUCCUAAUAAACCAUAAGAAGGUGGCAGUGGGCCCAGCCUUUUGAAGACAAUAUUAAGAUAGUGCAGUCUGGGUAAAAACACCUGGUGGUGAGGAAAGUGAAAUACCUGAAUCAAAAGGUUUCUAAUUUUGAUUUUAAAUUUCCAUCUGCCUGAGAUACCGCUCACUGUGGGGGACAUUAGAAACAUCAUUCAGAGGCCUUUGUUCAAGAGCAGAGGCCCCACCUUGAAUCCAUUGCUGUGGUACACUCACGAUGUGAAGUGGUUUGAAUUCAGCAAGGAGCUUCUCAAAAAGAGCAACUCUAAUUCCACUGUGUGCUUGAAGGACAAUUUUUAUGUAGAAUGUAGUCAUCUUGUGAUUAAACUUUCAGUGUCUUAA